AUGGUCGAAUUAGUAGAAGUCGAGGACGAGUCCUUCGAGACCAAGCAAGCUGGACCCUCGGACGAGGACGACUACUACACCGAUACUGAUUCCGAGAUCUCAUCUGACGACGAAGACAACAUCGCCGACGAAGAAUCAUUCGCAGAACGACUCCUUGCCCUUCGAGACAUAGUCCCUCCUACAACACGCUCAUACAUCUCCGGCAAGAUCGAGACAACCACAAGUUGGAUCAAGUCGGGUCUUCUAUUCAGCGGCAAGACCUUGUGGGUUGUGAGCACAAGUGCGCUAUUACUGGGUGUGCCGUGGGCAUUGGCUUUUGCAGAGGAGCAGCAGAUGGUCGAGAUGGAGAAGGAGAUGAGAAUGCGUGAGGCGGGUGAAGGGCUUCUGUCCGGAUCAGCUGCCGGUAACUUGAACGCUCAGCUCGGUGCGCAACAAUCACAGCCAGCUUUGUAA